AUGGGAGCGCAAUCCAGCCGUCUCGCUCCUGGACAGGAAGCAGCCUCGCCUCCCUCCUUCAAGUCCCUGGCGGAAGAUGCGCUUUGGCGAGCAGCCACGCGUGGUAAUGAUGGAGGCAUUCAAAAAGUCAUCCAGGAAAAAGAGAACAAGGUCCACCCGAGGCAGUUGGUCAACUUGAGCCGAGAGCUAGAUGAGGAGGCGGUGCAAAGGAUAGAGGAACCCACCGAGAGAGAGAUGCUGGGCAAAUACUCUGUGCUCUUCAUAUCUAUUUGCCGCAACCUCCAAGAGAAUGCAAAAUAUCUCAUCGGCCAACCCGACACUGCGCUUGAUGGCCAAUUUGGGAUCUCGCGCCGCACGGCACUCUUCGAGGCUGUUAUCCGGGGCAAUCUAGAGAUUGUCACCGAGAUGAUGGAGAGCCCUUAUUUCGCCGCCUCGCAGUACAUUAACAUUGGAGACAAAGAGGGAAAUACUCCACUCCACCGGGUCGCCAAGAACUGUACCGAGUCGGAAGGGGCCGAGGGCGAGUUGUGUGAAAAGGCUCGAUCCGAUAGUGUCAAUGUUCAGCUCUUGCAGGCUCUGCUGCUCAGAGGGGCAUAUGUUGACGCGCUCAACAAUGAUUUCUAUACGCCGCUUCAUCUUCUCUCAACCGUCACCUUGGAUGAAGAAUCCAAAAAGUGCAUCAGUCUGCUUUUCGAUGCAGGGGCUGAAGUCAAUACCAAGAACGAGUUUGGGGACUCCCCGUUACAUGAUGCCUGCAAAAUAGGAGAUCAUGGUUUGAUAAGAAUGCUUUUAGAGUGUGGAGCCGACCUGGAUAGCCGCAAUCUGAACUGGCAAACGCCGCAGGAUUUGUUCUAUGAGGACCGUACACCUCUGUCCAAGGAAGAUCACGACUUCGUCCUCAGGGAGUUCUCAAGGCUGAAAAGAAGCGGCGUGACUCGGAAGCGGACAGGCAACAUUCCCAAUGAGCCAGCUCCCUGUCCCGAAGAAACGAGAAAGAUCUGCAGCGAGUUCCCAGUUUACUUCAGAUAUCAGUGGCCGGGUCUGGAUCCAAAUCCAGAUGGAAGCACAUCCAUGUCCUGGGUACGAACGGAUAUGAAGGUAUCCCAGGUUCUGUACCCUGAAGCUGAUAAUAGAGGCACAAUUGAGGACGUCGAUGGUGGCCCACGAUUCCUCGCCGAUAGUAAGACAAAAUUUGCCAGUCGGAUCUGGGAUGAUUUGAGUCAAGAUGAGAAAUCCGAGGUAGUCUUGGCCAUGGGAUGUGGUGAUUCUGAUGUGGAGAAUGAGUCCGAUGCUUUGAAAUACCUGGAAGAGAGUGUCGGUAAAAGGUCCUGGAGAUGGACGAACUUCCCGUCCAAUAAUGAUUUCAUUAUACACAAUGCCAAAUACCGCAAUACCGAUGACGUUGACAGGAGGGUCUGGAGGUUUUUCGAAAAUAGUAUCAGGGUCCGCGAGACUAACAUCCUCCAUUCAAGAGUUCGAAUCCCUCAUGUACAUGCGACCAAAGGAUUUGAUAUUGAGUAUCAAAGGCGUCACAACUUAGCAAGGCCCAUCGAUGAUGAUUCCGAAACUCUGUCAGAGCCAGACAGCGUUCAUACAUGGAGCAAUACUGACUGGUUCGCACGUCCUGGGCGCAUGUUGUCAGUAGUGAUACCGUUCAUCGAUAUUGAGAUAUCAGAUCAGGACCACCUCCGCGAUGGCCAGACUUCUACGCAGUGCAGAAGAAUCAAGAGACUCAACCAAGCCUACUCUCCCUUCACGGGGAUGCACGGCGUCCAACGCGCGCAAACACUUGACCAGACCUCAUUCAGUCCCGAAGAAAGUGAAUCAAAUCUUCGAACUGAGCAGAACCAAGUGAUUUACCGGUGGUCUCAGAAACGAAGCGAGGAGCGGAAACGUCAUGAGAAGCGUCUUGCACAAGAUCAGAAAGAACAGCGACAAGAGCGGGACAAGCGCGCACAGCACGAACGUAAACAGCAGAUGCAGCAAAAAAAGCAAAAACUUGACAAGAAAAUGCAUGAAAAGAAGGACAGCUUUGGCGCUCGAAUCGUCAAGGGGAUCUCAAAGGUUGUCCAAGUGAGGCAGCUAUUGACCCGUGUCCAGAAACCAACGCUCGAGCAGAAUCAGCAAUGGCCUGGACAGGCACCUCUCAGAAAGCCAACUUUUCCCCAAGCUCGGAUCGAAACCCUCGAUCAAGUGCCACAAACGAGGAAAGGCAGAAGGGGCGCCAGUGCGCCUAAUGCCGAAAGAAUCCGCCAAGAUUCUUCGCCCAAAUGGCUCAUGGUGCGGCAGUUGUGGCUGUGGAAGCUUGAUGAUAACACCAUUCUCACCGCAAUACCCUCUCGAAAGAACGGUAUGACCGCAGACACUCUCCUUGAGACAAUUCGUCAAGGCAAUCUGGAUAUUCUACACAGCCCUCAAGAUCUCAUCAAACGUAUCGUGUUUGAAGCUGUCAAAUUUCUUGAUGAAUUCAAAUGGGCUGGUCUUGGUGAACAUGUGCUCGACAUAUUCCAAGGAGAGAUAGCCUACGAGACAGAUCAAGAAGCCGGGUUCUUCAAGACGUUUACCAACACCAACUGGAGUGCCAAAGCCGUUGACCAGACUGUUCAAAAAGCCGCGGAAUCAACGUGGCGGGUCAAGGACCUACGCGAUGAGCUCCGCCUCCUCCGACAAGUCUUUGAAACCCAGCUCAAAGUAGUGGAGGAGUUUUCUGAGAUCUUUUGGCCUGGUAAGGAUAGCACCGCAGCAGACGGGCUCACCAGGGAGGAGAAGGCCGUAAGGGAUGCCCUCCGCGAAACAUUUAUCCGAGACUGCGGUCUGGCGGCAAUGUUGGAGAGAGUAAAGCAAAUGGAUGAGGAUGCCUCCACAACUCUUCAAGGAUUGAGCAAUAUCAUUCAAGCUAUGCAAGCGCAAGCUUCACUCAAAGAAGCGGAAUCCUCUCGUGUUAUGAACAUCAUCAUCCUUCCGUUUACGAUUGUCACUGUCAUAUUUACCCCUUUGUCAUUUCUCACCAGCCUAUUCACCGUCAACACGCUCGAUUUUCCCCAUAAUGAGGAGGGAGAGCUCAGACUUCCUGGACCUUGGUUCAGUUGGCGCAUGGCUGUCGGCGAGAUUGCCUCUUUAUUACCCCUGGUACUGUUGGUUCUCGUUUUAUAUUUGCGAAACAGCAACCACGCGGCCCCAGCGAGAAAGAAAUGA